UUGACAUUGCUGAAGCGACGACCACCAACGAAAUGCGAACGCCCUCGCUCUACAGCACGGAAUCCACUGUCGAUCCCAUUUCUCAGGUCCUACGCGCGACGCAUGCCGCCGAGACCCCGGACGAACGCCGACUGCGUCUUGAUGCCGAGUUAGAGGCAAAGCGGGUCAGUGAGGCGAUAGAUGAAGAGCUCAGACAAGAGCGUGAGAGGCUGCGUCGUUCGCGAGGCGAUGUCAAGCUACUGCUACUUGGUCAAGCUGAGAGCGGCAAGAGCACCCUCCAGAAGCAGUUUCAACUCAUGUAUAAACCCAAUUCUAUCGAUCAGGAACGUUCGUCGUGGCGCACAGUCAUCUACUUCAACGUCGUCCAUUCGUUAAAGCACAUUCUAUCUACGCUGGAAUCUUGGGACGAUUCUUUCGACGAAGAUCCACAUAUACCCCAGCCAUCAGGCUAUUACGACCAGCCUUCUUCAUCUUCUCAUGGGCUGCCGCCUGUUCCAACACGAGCCCCAUCCCGACCCGACAGCCCGUCACAGGGCCCCCGAUCCAACCGCAUUGCGUCUCUUCGCCAGCGCCUUACACCGCUUUUGACCACGGAUCAACUGCUUGCCGACCGUCUCAGCGGCGGAAUCAACGUUUCCGGCUCCGGCAAAGGCGCUGUGUUCGUGCGCAGUGGAUGGCAGGCGCGCACCGAGGAGAAGGCGCGCGGCAGGGAGGACCCUUAUGAAGACCAGCGCCGCGGGCGAGAAGGAUACGUUUCCCGGGAAGACGACGAGCUGUUACAGGAAGUCGCGCGACUGAUGUACAUGCUGAAAGACGACAUACGAGAGCUGUGGUCUCAUCCGACAGUCAAGGGAUUGAUCAUGAAACGGAAACUCAAGCUCGACGAAUGGUCCGAAUUCUUCCUCAGGGAUAUUUCUCGCAUCGCAGCCUCUGAAUAUGUCCCAACGACUGAUGACAUCCUUCAUGCUCGAGUUCAGACGAUGGGCGUUGCCGAGCAUAUAUUCGAUGUUGACAUUCACGGCAAGUCCGUGACCUGGCAUUUGUUCGACGUGGGAGGCGCGAGAGGCCAACGGCACUCAUGGAUACCGUACUUCGAUACUGCAAACGCCAUCAUUUUCGUCACUCCGGUUAGCGCAUUUGACCAGUACCUGGAAGAAGAUCCACGAACAAAUCGGAUCGACGACUCCCUGCAGCUCUUCACGCAAGUCUGCUCCAACUCCUUGCUGAAAAGUGUCCACCUCGUCCUUUUUCUAAACAAGACCGACCUUUUGAAAGCUAAGCUGGACAAUGGACUGCGCGUUGCCAAGUACAUCACCUCAUUCGGGGAACGCAAAAACGACUACGAGACCGUAGUGCAGUACUUCCGAGCGCAUUUUCUGCAGGUUCAUCGCCGCAACAAUGAGAACCGGCGUGUGCUGUACACUCAUUUCACCAGUGUGGUGGACACGAAAGCGACCCAUCGCAUUAUCGCCAACGUGCGAGAUUCGAUCUUCCGUGGCUAUCUGCAGUCCGCCGCGCUCGUGUAAGGUCACUCUCGAUUCCUCUUGCCAUCCACGGUUUCGCCUCCUACCUUAUGCCUUAACGUAAUGCCCCGCUCGUCUUGAUCGUUUCUUCCAUGCCAGCACGUCCUCACUCCGAUGGAGCCAGUCGAACUGAUAGCUUCAUUCUCAUCAACGCAUUGUACAUGUACAUCCAACUGCUAUCCCGAACUCUCGCUGCCCUUGCCUAUGUUGUUGUUACAAUCCAUCGCACUCAUUCAAUGAUGGCUCCUUUUGCUGUACCGCUUGUUCCUGGGUGAAUAGAGUUGUUUACUGAUCAAGCUCGGACACACGCGCGCGAUUGUUGGGAGAUUAGAUCUUUUCAAUGUCACAUCGAGUCACGCAUCCCCCUUUUCAAAGUUUUUCGUCCUUGACGCGACGCGGGACGAGCGGAGGUAUUGGCUUGCCGUCCAUCCUAUUCUCAGCCUUUCUCAUUCUUCUCGGCCCAGGAUGCUGAUCCUUCCUGGUCUCUCGGUCUUUUCGGAGCCCAAACGCGAUGCGUGCCUGAAAGCGAUCCAACAGCAAUGUCCCGCCGUGCUCUCUCUGGACACGAUCUACAUCCAUCUCAUCAAAUGCACGUCUCCUGAAGCCGAAGCUACUUUGAGGAACGCGGGGUCGGAUGCACGAUCAGCGUUGGAUCGAUUGCUGUCGUACGGGGACGAUGUCAAGCUGGAAGGCACGGAUCGCACAGUUCAAAAUGCUGACAAGAACGUCGUGUUCGUCACACCCCGGGCUGGAUCCAUCUCCCCCUGGUCGAGCAAGGCCACGGACAUUGCGGCGAUCUGUAACCUCCGCCCGCUCGUGGAGCGACUCGAGCGCGGGAUGGCCUUCGUUUUCACGAUGGCAGACGGCCGGACCUUGGCGGACGACGAUCUACGUGGGUUUUCGUCCCUGAUCCACGACCGCAUGACCCAAGUCGCGCUUCUCUCGCCGCCGAGCGAAAGUGUCGUGUUCAGCCACCACGAACCCAAGCCUCUGCGCGUCAUCGAGCUGUCGGGCAGCGCCAAUGCGAAGGAGACGCUUGUCUCGGCGAAUCGGGAAUUGGGGCUUGCCCUCGCGGCGGACGAGAUGGACUACCUGGUCGAUGCCUACGCGGGUGAAGCGCGUAACCCGACGGAUGCGGAGUUGUUCAUGUUCGCGCAAGUCAAUUCGGAGCACUGCCGACACAAGAUAUUCAACGCGAGUUGGACCAUUGAUAACCAAGCCAUGGACUCGUCCCUCUUCCAGAUGAUCCGGAAUACCGAGAAGCUCAAUGGAUCCAACACUAUCUCUGCCUACUCGGAUAACGCUGCGGUCCUCGAGGGUCAUCUGGCUCCCCGUUUCGGAGUCGACCCCAACAACAAAAACGCGUACCAAGCUCACGUCGAAGACAUGCCGAUCCUCAUCAAAGUCGAGACCCACAACCAUCCCACCGCCGUCUCGCCCUUUCCCGGCGCUGCCACCGGCUCUGGUGGCGAGAUUCGCGACGAAGGCGCGGUCGGGCGGGGUUCCAAACCCAAAGCCGGGCUCUCAGGCUUCACGGUCUCGAAUCUGCUCAUCCCGGGCUUCGAACAGCCUUGGGAAACCGAUUUCGGGCGCCCAGGUCACAUCGCCUCCGCACUGGACAUCAUGAUCGAGGGGCCGUUGGGCGCUGCGGCGUUUAACAACGAAUUUGGGCGUCCUGCACUGGCAGGCUACUUCCGAACUUUUUCGGAGCGGCUCCCGGGUGGUGAGGUCCGCGGGUACCACAAACCGAUUAUGAUUGCCGGGGGAUACGGCAAUGUUCGGACGCAGUUUGCCAAGAAGCAACAGAUCAGUCCUGGCGCGAAACUUAUCGUCCUUGGAGGACCCGGACUGCUGAUCGGUCUGGGAGGCGGUGCUGCCUCGAGCCAGGUGUCUGGAGCUGGCAGUGCUGAGCUCGACUUUGCGUCUGUCCAGCGAGACAACGCUGAGAUGCAGCGUCGGUGCCAGCAGGUCAUCGAUUCGUGCGUCAAUCUCGGUGACGAGAGCCCGAUUGAAAGCAUCCACGAUGUCGGGGCCGGCGGACUGUCGAACGCGUUGCCUGAGCUGGUGCAUGAUUGUGGGCUUGGCGCCACGUUCGAGAUUCGCGACGUCCUGGUUGCCGAUUCGUCAAUGUCGCCGAUGGAAAUCUGGUGCAACGAGAGCCAGGAACGGUAUGUGUUGGCGAUCUCCCCAGCCAAAGCGGCCGCCUUCGAGGCUAUUGCACACAGAGAACGCUGCCCCUUCUCGAUUGUGGGUGUUGCCACGGCCGAGGAGGAGCUGAUCGUCACCGACCGGCUUCUGUCGCAAGACGUUAUCCGCCUGAAGAUGUCGACGCUCUUUGGGAAACCACCGAAAAUGUCGCGCGUGGCGACGACCGUGACCCCCACUCGCGUCGAAUUCGACCUGACGCUGUCGUCGUACCUCCCUUCGUCCUCGGACCGACUUUCAGACGCCAUCCAGCGCGUCCUCCGCCUCCCCUCGGUCGGGUCUAAGUCGUUCCUGAUCACCAUCGGCGACCGGUCUGUAACCGGGCUCGUCACGCGAGACCAGAUGGUCGGCCCGUGGCAGGUGCCCGUCGCGGAUGUGGCUGUGACGCGCUCGACGUACGGGUUCGACGUCGUCUGCGGCGAAGCCAUGGCGAUGGGCGAGCGCACGCCACUGGCUCUGCUCAGCGCGGCGUCCUCGGCCCGGAUCGCCGUGGCCGAGUCGCUGACCAAUCUCGCUGCCGCCUGCGUCGGCGAUCUCUCGCGUGUCAAGCUCAGCGCGAACUGGAUGUGUGCGGCGUCCGAGGCUGGGGAGGGCGCGGGCCUCUAUGCGGCUGUGCAGGCCGUGGGGAUGGAUCUGUGUCCUGCGCUGGGUGUCGGCAUCCCGGUAGGCAAGGACUCGAUGAGCAUGUCGAUGAAAUGGCGGGAUGGACAUGUCACGGCGCCGUUGUCGCUGAUUGUCACUGCGUUUGCGGCGGUCGAAGAUGUCAGCAAGACGUGGACCCCGCAACUGUCGACUACAACGCAAGACACUGUGCUGGUGUUCCUGGACAUCGCAGCCGACAAGGCCCGACUGGGUGGGUCGGCCUUGGCUCAGGUCUUCAAGGAGAUCGGAUCUAAGUCCCCCGAUGUUGACGAUCCUGCGCUCGUCAAGGCCUUUUUCGAGGGGUGUCAGGCUGUCCGUCUUGCAGAGCCUGAUCUGGUGCUCGCCUACCACGAUCGAUCGGAUGGAGGGCUCUUUACGACGGUUGCCGAGAUGGCUUUCGCUGGCCAUGCCGGAAUCCACCUCACGCUCGACCAGGAUCCGAUUCCAGCCCUGUUCAAUGAGGAGCUGGGGGCUGUGGUGCAGGUCGAGAGGCCCAGCGUAUCUCGUUUAACGGAGAUCUUUGCUGCCAGUGGCUUCCCUGCAGCUCAUAUCCAUGUCAUCGGCGAGGUGCUCGUCAGUGACGAAACAUUCACUAUCUCCCACCUGUCGCAACCGAUAUUCUCAUCGACUCGUGCUGAACUGCAGCAGAUGUGGGCCGAGACGUCGUACAAGAUGCAGAGUCUCCGCGACAACGCUGCUGGGGCCAAACAAGAAUUCGACCUCAUCAAGUCGUACAGCGGAGCAUGCUACGAUCUGACGUUCGGGCCUUCGGCCGUUAAGUCGUAUCCGUCUCGGCCGAGAGUCGCGAUCCUUCGCGAGCAAGGUGUGAAUGGGCACAUCGAAAUGGCGUGGGCAUUUACCGCCGCUGGUUUCGAGGCCGUCGAUGUGCAUAUGAGCGACAUCUUGGGCGGGUCAGUCGUGCUUGACGACUUCCGCGGACUGGCUGCAUGCGGCGGCUUUGCGUACGGCGAUGUGCUCGGCGCUGGAAAAGGCUGGGCGCAUUCCGUUCUGCUCAACGCGACUGCGCGGGACCAGUUCACGCGCUUCUUCGCGCGGGCGGAUACCUUCGCGUUGGCUGUGUGCAACGGGUGUCAGUUCCUCAGCCAGCUGCGUGAAAUCAUCCCCGGCGCACAGGCCUGGCCUGAAUUCAAGAAGAAUCAGAGCGAACGGUUCGAGGCGCGGGUCUCUGUGCUCGAGAUCGUGGACUCGCCCGUCACCCGCUCGUCCGUAUUCUUCCGGGACAUGGCGGGUUCAAAACUGCCUAUCGCGGUUGCGCACGGUGAAGGCCGUGCGGUGGGUGACUCGAUAUCUAUACUGGAGGACCAGGGUCUGGUCGCAGCGCGCUAUGUCGAUGGACAGGGCAACCCGACCGAAGUGUACCCACUCAACCCGAACGGGAGUCCCCGUGGGAUUACCGGUAUUCAUACUCCCGACGGCCGCGUGCUUGCGAUGAUGCCCCACCCUGAACGAGUUGCGUCCCUGGAGAGCAACAGCUGGUACCCAAAAGAUAUGUUCAGAGACUGGCAGGGCGCCGGCCCUUGGUUCCAGAUGUUCAAGAGUGCCAGGGAAUGGUGCAAUUGAGGUGUGUCGUUUGCUGCACCAAAUUUCGUCGAUGUCCUGACCUCUCGUUUAGACGGAGAAGUAUCAAAAGUAAUGUCUGUAACAACGUUUGUAGCUUUAGAUAUGAGUAUUACACCGCACAUCAUGUGACCGUGAUUCAUGGCCCACUCUCCAGGGUGAUCAAACAACAG